UAAUCUGUAAACCGACUGCAUCACAUGCUAAUCUGUUAAACCACUGUAUCACAUGCUAAUCUGUUAAAACACUGCAUCAGAUGCUAAUCUGUAAAACUACUGCAUCACAUGCUAAUCUGUUAAACCACUGCAUCACAUGCUAAUCUGUAAAACCACUGCAUCACAUGCUAAUCUGUAAAACCACUGCAUCACAUGCUAAUCUGUAAAACUACUGCACCACAUGUAGAAAACUUAAAAAACCUACUUAAGUGUUGUUUUUAUGUUUUAAAAAGUGUUUUGUUUGUUGAACAGGAAGCUCUGUGCAGGAUCAUCAGCACGUUAGCCAAUAAGAAUGAAGAGCUCCAAACUUUCCUGGAAACAGUCGACAACACACUGACGGGACUCCAGGAGGAGUCAUGUAAGGUGAUGUCAGAGCUGGAGGCGGAGCUCGAACAGCUAAACUCCACCCUGGAGGAGAAGGGGACGGCGCUUCGUGAUGUAAUUAAAGAGGCGAAGCAGAGGAAAGAGGCGGAGCUUCACAAGCAGAUAUCGGAGGGGAAGUCCGCUCUGCUGUCGUGUGAAGAACUGCUCGAGUUCGCAAAUCAGACUCUGACGAUCACUAAUGAAGAAGAAUUCCUAAAGGCUGCAAAACAAAUCAAAGAAAGGGUAACCAUGGCUCCAGCGUUCCGGCUGACGACUCGUCCGGUGGCGUCGGAGAACAUGUUGCAAUUUACUGUUGACUUCAGCUCCGAGAGGGCGGGGCUUCAACAACUUCACUUCCUGCCAGUACCCAGAGCUCCAGAGAUUGACGUCUCCAGCUGCGUUGUCCGUGAUAACACAGUUACGGUUGCCUGGCAAUCUGCCGGUGAGGCUGACAGCGAUGGCGAGGGUGUCGGCGGAAGAAUCGAACGCUACGAACUUGAAUAUCGAAAAACAAACCGCGACAGCUCGCUGAGAGCCGCAGGAGAGGCAUGCUGGGAAAAAAUCCACGACAUCAGAGAGACACACGUCACCAUUUCAGGUCUGAAGUUUGACUCUCGCUUCGUCGUCGUUCGAGUUCGAGCGAGAAACAAAGCUGCAGCCGGCGAGUUCUCUGAGCCCGUUGCCAUGGAAACCAGAGCGUAUAACUUUGGCUUCGAUGCGGUGACGGCUCACGCUGAGCUGAAGGUUCAGGGCGACUCUGUGAUCUGGGAGCCUCAGGGGGUGAAAGGCCACGACCCCCGGCUGAGAGGGAAAGAGAAUAAGAGCAGCAGCAGAAGCGCCACACCGUCACCCAAUAAAACGGCAGGAAGUCGAUCAGGACGCGACCGAUUCGCUGGAGAGUCGUACACAGUACUGGGUGACCAGGAGAUGGCCGGCAGCUGUCACUACUGGGAGCUCCGCCCUCUCACUGACUGGAAGUCGUUCAGCGUGGGCGUGGCCUAUCGGGCCAGUCUGGGCCGCUUUGACCAGUUGGGGAAAAGUGCUGGUUCGUGGUGUCUCCACGCCAGCCAAUGGCUGCAAAGCUCGCUCGCUGCGAAGCACAACAACAAAGCGAAGGUGCUCGAUUGGCCACUGCCUCAGCGAAUCGGAAUCUACUGCGACUACGACAACGGUGAUUUAUCGUUUAUCGAUGUUGAUCGACAUCGUCUCCUUCACUCCUUCAAAACAAAGUUCAGCCAACCGCUGAUCCCCGCCUUCACAGUUUGGUGCGGUGGUAUCACCAUAACAACGGGCCUGCAGGUGCCGAGCUUCAUGGGUAAUUUCCUCUCCACCAAUCAGAGCCUCGGCAACCUGUCGCAGUAGAUCGACUUUCUCUUAUCUCCUGUUUUUGUUUUAUUUUUGAUAAUUAUCAUUAAUUUAUUCAUUUUCUACAUUUGUAUAUAUUCAUUUUAAUUUAUACCACAAAUAAUAAUAUAUAUAUAUAUAUAUAUAUAGAAAAUACUUGUGAAUUGUUGUCUUUAUCAAAUAUGAUCUGGAAAUAUAAAAUAAAUGUGAUAUUUAAAGACUUUUAAUGAAUUUAGAAGAUAUAUUGAUUAUUGUUAUCUGCUCUGUUUUGACAGUCUGGACCUAAAGCCAUAGUUUUAGUUUGAGUGCUUUUAUUUUGAAGAUGUACUAACUUUGUCUGUUAGCUUGGGCUUUUAUUUUGACUGAUUUUGUAAAAUAGAAAAAACAAAGAUCACAAGUGCCGACUGCUGUUUGCAAACAGUGUUUAUAAACAUCAACUUGUGAUAUAAGACUUUAUUAAAACAUCAAACGGGAGGAAAGAGGAGACAGUAAACACCUCACCGGCUUUCAAUAGUAAACGUAUUGUUUUUAUAUUUCAGACAUUUAUUUUGAAGAUAGCAUCAGAAAAAAGGCCUAUUCCCUCUGGCUUUUAUUUUGAAGGCUGUAACAAGCUCUGAUUUAUGUUGAUGUUAAUGAGGAAGUUCUAUGUUGACUUUGUGUGAAAGACUUUUAUUAUGAAAUACUUGAUUAGAUUUAGUGUUGUGCAUUCCUACUGGCUUUUAUUUUGAAGGUUAUGAUAGAACUUUCUGGUACUUUGACCAAAUGACUGACGUUUAGUUUGAAAAUAAAUUUUCAAAUUGCACUUUUAUAGAUUUUUCUUGUCUUUUCACUUGAUGUUGAGAAUCAGGAUUCAAUUUAUUUUCAGUUUUUAAUAAAUGAAAAUAUCGGACCUGGAGUCAGAGCUCAUUUAUACUGAAAAUCUAAUCAUUAAAUGGUUUAUAUUUAUUGAUUCAUCAUGCUUAUCACAUCUGAAAUCAGCUCUGAUUCAAAUGUUUUGUAUCGAACAUUUUGAUUAACUGUGAAAAAAUGAAAUAAAGUUUAAAACCUGUGGAAAAAUGUUUCAGAGGUUCACUUUGACUUUUUCUCACAAACGAUGUCUUGAAGCCCUUCAUUUAUAUUUAGGCUUUUAAUGUGAAAAAAACAGGAAGUGUAGCAGUAACAGUAGCUCAACAUGAAUCUCAGAGGUUGUUGGUUCAAAUCCCAUUUAAAGAAACUUUUCUACAAACAGAUCAGAAGGAAGG